AUGGCGAAUCGACCGCGCCGCAAAAAGGGAGUUACUCCCAAGCGCCUGCCGGCCGAUCCAAGUCAGGACAGCGAGUCUACACAGAGCAACGUUAGAGGCAAAGAUACAGCUCCUGUUAUGGCAAUGGCGAUGGAUGCUCCACCUACCGGGAGUCAAGGUGACACGUACUCUGAGGAGGUUGACAACGGUUUGGGCGACUUACAAAAAGAGAUGAAAUCUUUGCGACGUGCCGAGCACGAUGCAAUUGAGCGCGCUCGAGAGAAAGAGAUUGCAAACCCAACGAUCACCAAGCCGCGCGCUGCCAAGACGCAGGCUUAUGAAGCUCGAGUGUGGAAGCCGAAGAAACCGGAUAGCCAGAAACGCGACCGCGAAGAGUCACCGGAGCAUGUCCCUGCACCAAAACCAGUCAAGCGGACACGCACAGUAGGGCGAAAAGGCAAACAGCCAGCUGCCAUCGUGUCCGACGACGAGGAGGCACAGGAACUUCAGACAACUGAACAGGUGCCACGUCAUCAACACGCCCAAGAUGUCGACAACAGUGGUCGUACGUACCUUUACUUGCAUCUUCGUGGCCAACGUCCUCAUCAGCACAACAAUCAAGCUGACAUCGAUGAAGAUGAGGAUGUGAACGAGUCGGAUUCUGAAGUAGAGAUGAAUCUAGUAGCCACAAAGCUAGAUCAGCAUCAACACCGUGUGAGUCUAGCAGCCACUGGACGCGGCGGUGAUAUCUCCGACCGCAGUGACAACGACGAGUCCAACGCCGAAGACUUUGAAUCCGGCGCCGAGCCCGAGGAUGAAGAGGACUUCGGGGUGCCAAGUGGCCCAGCGCCUUCAACGAAGCGCAAGGUCGCUAAAGUCGCUCAACAACUGAAGCAAGGUGUCGCUAAGCUGGUCUCGAAGGGCAAGUCCCGUAACAGCAAUGAAGACGACUACCAUAGCGGUGACUCGGAUACUGGGUCCGACGCGGAUUACACCGCGGACUUCCUAGAGCCCGGAUACAAUGCCUCCAAUGCCGACUCGCAUGGCCGUCACGGUGGCCAUAAUUCCAAACAGGCUGCCAUUCAAGACGACGAGUUCGAUGAAGAAGAGUGGAAGUGUGAGGCUCUUCAGCCUGAGGCUCAUGCAUCGGCGCACCUGCAGGAGGUCGUCGUGCGCCGUGCGAGGCGGAACAAGGCAGAUGCUCUGUGUCACUACGUUCGACCCAUGGACAACUACCUCGCCCCACCAGAGGCUCAGCAUGACGGGGACAAGUCCAAUUCGGGGACGACGGGUCGUGUUGGCAAAUUGAAGAUCCCUUCAAGCUCUCAGCGUCCCUCCGGAGACUCCUUGAACACCAGUAAUGUCAUUGCCCAAAGCAACGUUCAUUCCCAUGAACCCGAGGCGGCCGAGCGCGUGAACCGUGUUCCUCAUGCGAAGAGAGUGGACUCAUCGGUUUCGAAGCGCAGUAAGGCAGCCAGCAGUGGUGAUGAUCCUGCUGCCAAGCCGUUGUCUGAACCUCAUCGCGGUCGGAACAUCGCGCGCGCUAAACGCCCACAUGGCACCGACGCACCUCGGAAGGAGACCACUCCCACAGCGGCACGCCACCCCCGUCACGGUGACAAAGCGAACACUCAGGCUGUGCAGAACAAGGUGUCCGCCACUUCAGAUGAUCCUCUCUCGAAUGACAGCGAGCCCAUGGCAGAUGCUCGGGAAGUGCUGCCGAGUGCGAACACAUGGCCUGAGGACACAGACGUCACGUAUGAUGAUCGAAAUAGGGUAGUUGGACUCACCUUGCAGCAGUCGCUCAAAGUGCGGACACUAUUGAAGUCAACUAUCGCCCACGAGCUCCCGCGAGCGCUUGGCCUAGUCAAUGCAUUCCCUACUGUGGUGGAGCGCCCGCAGAUGUAUCUCGACAUUUUCCUUGCGGGAACGUGCCGGCUUGGGCCGGACUACAACACCAUCGGCCAGCGACUCUUGCAAGACUCAGCAUAUGUACAGGGUCUAACCGCUUUGAACGACACAUAUACAGAAUUCAAGCGCGACUUGCCGUUCUGCGCGGAGCCGAUCAUCAAUCUCGCAAGCAUACUUUUCCUGGGCCCCAAGGCUGUCCGCCCUCUCGAAGAUUCGGCUUUUACGUCGAGCAUCAAUACCGGGGCCGAGGCCGAGAAGCGCGAGAUCCCCCAGGUGAUGGCUGCGCUCCUGGCGACAAUUGCUGGUGCGGCAAUCACAGAGGGUCUGCAUGGCGUCCGCGAACCUCUCAAGGACAACGAGGGCUUCAAUGCUACCCAACAGGAGAAGCUUUACCAGGACCACCUCACGACGCUGUCGACGCUCAAUCCAAUUGGGCGGCACAAGAUUCUCGGGUACAUCUUCAAAGAAGCGAAGUUCGUCGGUCUGCCAGAGCACUAA